GACGGACACAUCAAUCGGCUCUUGGCUUGUGCUUUGAGAUUGUUUACACACCGCCAGAGAAGUGAGAAAGAAAGUGGCCUCCUGCUGAAAUGGACACCGCUAACCAGCUUGCAUCUGCGGGGACGUUUCACGUGCUAAAAUUGCCCCUGGGAUUUAUCCGCGUUUUGGAGUGGCUCUUUGCCAUUUUUGCUUUCGCGACAUGUGGGGGCUACUCUGGGCAGCUGCGGGUUAGUGUGGACUGCAUGGAGAAAGCCAGCAGCAACCUCAGCAUUGGCAUCGACUUUGCUUAUCCUUUCAGGUUGUACCAGGUGUCCUUUGAAGCGCCCCUGUGUGAGGGCAUGAGGAGGGAGCGCGUGUUCCUCAUUGGAGACUAUUCAUCCUCCGCAGAGUUCUUCGUCACCAUUGCGGUCUUUGCCUUCCUGUACUCCCUGAUGGCCACCAUCGUCUACAUCUUCUUCCAGAACAAGUACCAUGAAAAUAGCCGGGGACCGCUCAUUGACUUUGUAGUGACUGUGGUGUUCUCCUUCAUGUGGCUGGUCAGUUCCUCGGCUUGGGCAAAGGCUCUGUCUGAUGUGAAAGUGGCCACUGAUCCAGAUGAGGUGCAGAUGCUCAUCUCUGCCUGCAAAGUCCAGACCAACAAGUGCGGCUCUGUGCACGGAUCGCGCUGGUCCGGACUCAACACCUCAGUGGUUUUUGGGUUUCUCAACUUUGUUCUGUGGGCUGGAAACAUCUGGUUUGUCUUUAAGGAGACCGUUUGGCACAAGGGUGCUUCAAGGUUGGCAGGCGGGGGGUCUGAGAAACAGGCCGACACCUUCAACCAGCAGCCCUACAACCAGGGAGGCUUCGACCAGUCAGGGAGCUACAACACCCAGGGAAACCUCGGCCAGCUGUCUGAGUACAGCCCGGUGGGAGGGCCCACCACAUACUCCAAUCAGAUGUAGCCGUGCCUUUUCCUUUCCCGAUCGGCACUUCUGCAUUUCAAACCAGGGCAAUCAGGGGUGAUAGGAGAGGAGGAAAGUAUAGUUAACUUUUGUCCUCUGCUCAGUUUGUCAUCAAUCUGUCUGUGCAAAAAAACAAAAAAGGUGACAAAGGUGUCCAAGUACACCCAUUGUAGAUACAAGUAUUGUUGGGUAGUGUACAAAAUUAUUAGAGAUCGUCUUUUACUCCUUCUCUUUCAGAGGUGUUGUUUGUUGAAUGUUGUAUUUUUUGUAGUUUGAAACACAUUAGUGACAGUUUCUCUCUCUGUGCUUGGUAACUGACAUUCACUGUUUAGACUGGAUGUCUUUUUCAGACUGGUUUGCAUUCUGUGGUGGAAGGAAAAACUGCUCUAUGUUUGUAUAAUUCUUCAAGUUUUCAAGUGCAUGAUGUUGUAUAUGUGCGUGUUAAUAUGCUCUCUGUGACACUAGUAAAAAAAAAAACAUGCAUUUUACCUCUAAAAGUUUACAAAUUCACACUGCCCUGAGCCAUUACUGAAAGUUUAUUUUGGUCAGUAUUAUUACUUUUUUUUAAUCUAACAGGAACUAUAUUUGGUAAUGGGUAUUUCUAAUUCAGAUAUAGAUUCAGAACAUAAUUUAGGGGGAGUUCUCUGUUACAUUUGUUACAAAAAAAUUCCAGCACAUGACAUGGGACAUUGAUAAUGUCAGUAAGACUAAAAAACCCAAAGCAAUAACUGCAUACUGAAAAAAUGCACUAUCCAGGGUUUGUUCAAGAAAAAAGUACAGUAUGCAACCAUUGCAGCAUGUUGUUUCUGAUUCCAUGGGUUUUGGUUUUUUUUAGUCACGUUUGCUAUCACAUUGUCAUUUAUGUGAAUAAUGUAAAGAGGGCAAUUGUCUCCCUCGUUGUUUACAAGUUGCCCCUCUCGCUACAAAUUGCUGUGACUGUUUGCAGUGCUAUCCUCAGAAUACUGGAAAAUGAGAAACAUAAGUUAUACCUCUCUAAAGCAUGUCCAAAGUAUCCAUUUACAUUUUUAAAGCCCAACAAAAAAGGACAUCAGUACCACAGUGAUAACAGAAGAACAGUGAAUAGUGGGCAUAUGUGUACAUAGCUAUUACUAAGCUUUUGUUUACUUCAAAAUAACUAUUCAGGUUUGUACAACUUUAAAAAAAAUAUGUGCAAUUCAUGUAAAGUAAUAG